GUGUUUGUCUGUCUCUCUCUCUUCUCUUUCUCUUUCUAUUUCUUUUCGUGACGACCCACGAGACAAAAUGUCGGCACACAAGACAUUUAUUAUCAAGCGUAAACUCGCUAAAAAAUUGAAACAAAAUCGUCCAAUUCCCCAAUGGGUGAGAAUGCGAACUGGUAACACUAUCAGAUACAACGCCAAGAGACGUCAUUGGAGAAGAACAAAGUUGAAGUUGUAAGCAGUGAUACUCCAUUCCAUCAUAUGGAUUUCUAUUAAUUAAUUUUUUAAUUAAAUUAAUAUUUGUUCAACUUAUACAACUUUUUCCAUGUCAUCAUUGGAAUAAAUUAAAAUAAUUUAAACAACUAAA